AUCGGCUAGUGAGCAGUAAAUUCAACGUGUCAGCUUGCUACCCAGGAAAAUAAUCCAAGAUGUCUGCUGAAGAUAGAGAAGUCUUUAAGAAAAUAUUAAACUUAGAGCCCCACCCUGAGGGAAAUUUAUUUGCCAUAAAAUGGAUCGGUGACCGAAAAGUGAACUUUGUGGAAAAAACUCAACACGAUGGUCCUAGAAAUGUUGGUUCCAGCAUCAACACUCUUCUGACAACUCCAGACUUUAUCUCCUGGCAUAGAGUCUUGUCUGAUGAGAUUUAUUUCUGGCAUUCUGGUGGGGUGAUGAAGGUUCAUUUUAUAGGUAAAGACGGUCGUCAUGAAUUCCAAAUCCUGGGUGAUGUAUUAAAGAAUAAUGCAGCACAAUAUCAAGUGGUGAUUCCACAUGAUGUCUGGUACGCAGCCGAGGUCAUUGAGGGCGAACAUGUUUUAUUCAGCGCCGUAGUAAUGCCAGGAUUUGAGUUUAAAGACUGGAUUGCGGGCGAUCGAGGGGCCAUGAUAGCCGAGUUUCCACAACACAGGGACCUGAUAACUAGAUUAACUAAAAAUAGCGUUUAAUCAAGGCCCUGUUAUGUUUAUAAUCCGGAUUGGCCAGGUGUAGAAAUGAGCUAAUCUAUAAACCAUUAUUUAAGGUUAUUUAUUCCCUUUUACCUCGUUUCCAUUCUUUUUACGUCGUUUUAAGACAAAUUUUACGUCCAUAUGGAAAGUGACUUCGCUAUUUUUUUAAAGACUCUACGAGUCGUGGAAAAUGAAAUGCUCACUAAGGGACGAGUUUAUUCAUUGUAAUAAAGAAUAUUUUCUCAAUUU